AUGUCAUGCCUUGCACAGGAGAUCAAAUUACUUCGUUCUGAACUAUCUAGUUUUCGGCAAGAGAUGUCCAAAAUAAGUACGGUUAUGGCGGAAUAUGAUAAAAGGCUCGACUGUUUUGAGGAGCGGCUAGAUCGUAUAGAAUGUACCUUGUCUGUUUCGCAGUCUCAAACACAGGAGCCUAGCGAUGUAACUAAAAAAAUAGAUUCUUUAAAAUCACGUCUUAAUGAUUCCGAGCAAUACAAUCUACUUAACGACAUAGAAAUAGCGGGCGUCCCCGAAACAAAAGGUGAAAACCUCCUGCACCUAACUAUAACAUUGGCUCAAAAAAUAGGUUUAUCACUAGAUGAACGGGAUAUCGUCAAUGUCUACCGUACUGGCACUCGUAAAAAUCUUGAGGAGCAAAAUACCAGUAGUGAUCGCAUAGCGGCCGCACGUCCGCGGCCGAUCGUCGUGCGGCUAACCCGCCACCACCUACGCAACGAGUUGAUACGCGCGGCGCGAGUGCGGCGCGGGGCGGACACCGCCGGCCUGGUCGCCGGCGAGCCUCGCCGCUUCUACGUCAAUGAGCACCUGACGCGCACCAACCGCUGGUUGUUCCAUCUGGCGCGCGAGCAACAGCGCGCUAAACACUGGAGCUAUGUGUGGACGCGUGGCGGCCGUACUUACGUCAGACGCGAUCAACACUCAAAGUAUUUUAUUGUUUCUUCCGAAGAUGAUAUUAAUAAGAUUUUUGGCUAA